GCGGAGCGCCCAGACGUUUCCCUGACGAGUCGACACGCGCCUCUGAACCUCUCCGCCGCCGUGUGCCAACUUUCACGCUGAGCGGUGCGGUAAAAAGGCGGCCAACAACAACCCUCUGUACAACCACUCUCUCAAGCGUCAAGCUUCAGACACCCGAAGCCUCAACGCUAAGAUAUGGUCCGCCAGCUCUCCGCCCGAGCCCAAGUCAUCGUGGCCGCCGCCGCGACGUGCGGCGUGGCAGUGCUCGCGGCAGCUUUAACGCUCAUGCCGUCGCCGGCCGCCGCGAAGGCGAGGAGCAAGCGACCGAAGCGAAAACGCAAGAAGAACGACAAGAACGACAGCCUCUCGAGCCGCGGCUCCAGACUUACAAGACCCGCGCUCCCGUACAUGGGCGGCGUCCUCGAGGGCUUCGCCGAGCCUUAUGAUGCGACGACGGGCAAGGGCGUGAUUUUGCUGGCCGUCGCGGAGAACAAGCUCUGCUGGCCGCGCCUGAAGCCGCGCGUCGAGGCCGCCCUCAAACAGAUUCCCGACUGGACGGCGAACUACGGCCCCAUGGACGGCUGCGCGCAGUUGAAAGCCGCGCUGGCGCGGUUCUUGGAUCGGCGCAUUAUCAGGGACGAACGGCCGCGCGUCGUGAGUGACCACGUCUCCUGUGCGGCGGGCGCCGCGGCCUGCCUGAACAACUUGUUUCUAUCGAUCUGCGAGGCGGGCGAUUCUGUACUAAUACCGGCGCCCUACUACGCCGCGUUCGACGCUGAUUUAGGAGCGAUCUGCGCCCUGAAAAGAAUUCCAGUUCGAUUAAGACAGGGCGACUUCGCGCUGACACGGAGUGCCCUCGACGCGGCGUACGCGGCGAGCGGUCAAACGGCAAAGGCCCUCCUGCUCACGAACCCGCACAACCCGACGGGCCGCUGCUUGACGGAAGACGAACUGAGACUCGCCGUCGGCUGGUGCGAGUCGAAGAAGAUGCACCUCGUCUCGGACGAGGUCUACGCGUUGUCCCUCCUGAAAGGGGACGCGUUCGUCUCGCUUGGACGAAUAACCAAGGGCGCCUUGGGCGAUCGACGUCAUGUGGUCUGGGGCCUGUCCAAGGACUUCGGGAUGAGCGGGCUGCGGUUUGGGUGUGUGUGGACGCAGAACGACCGGUUACGACAAGCGUUGGGCACGGCGGCCAUGUUCGGCUGCGUGCCGGGCGUCUGCCAAGCGAUGGUCACGGAGCUAUUGUCGGACGACGCGUUCUGCGACGAUUACUUACGAGCAAAUACCGUAGCGUUACGGUUGUCGUGUGCGGCGUGCACCGCGAUGAUGGAUUCGCUCUCGUUACCUUACUACGUGCCGGACGCGGGCAUGUUCCUUUGGUGCGAUUUAAGCUCACUCUUAGACGAGAAGUCGUGGGCCGCGGAAGCUCGAUUGUACGAUCAGUUGCGGACGGAGAUCCGCGUGGUCCUGACGCCGGGCGAGGCGCAGCACGCAGUAUCUCCGGGCUGGUUCCGCAUCUGCUACGCGUUCGUGGGCCGCGACGUUCUAGAUGCGGCCCUAUCCAAGUUUCAGGCCUGGGUCGAAAAAAAGCGCCAGCGCGCUUGAGCACCUCUCUCGUGCGAGGCUGGCGCUGACGCCGUCGACGUCGACGCGUGUGCGUAUGUGUGUCCGCCGUACACGCCGGCGCCAUCGCAUUCGUGCUCUCGCGGCUUUGAAAUUCGUAGUAGUAGUGUAUAUAAUGAUUUUCAACAUU